UCUCAGCCAUGAACAAGGUGGCCGAGGUGCUUGAGGUCCCUCCGAUGAGGAUCUAUGAGGUAGCGACGUUCUACACCAUGUUCCUGAGGCAGCCGGUGGGCAAGUACCACAUCCAGAUCUGCACUACAACUCCCUGCAUGCUUUGCGACUCCGACAGCAUCCUGGAGGCACUCCAGAACAAACUGGGCAUCAAGGUAGGAGGGAUGACUGCAGACAAGAUGUUCUCUCUAAUAGAGGUGGAGUGUCUUGGUGCCUGUGUUAACGCUCCCAUGGUCCAGAUCAACGACAACUACUACGAGGACCUGAGUCCUAAAGACAUUGAUCAGAUCAUUGACGAACUGAAAGCUGGACAAGUCCCUCCUCCUGGACCCAGGUAUGAAU